AGGCGACGCCGCCGGGGUCCGGAGGGGCGCGGGCGUCUCCGCGUCCGGGUUGGAGCUGAAGCGAGAGGGUGGGGAUAGACGCGGGGUUGAGAAGAGCGGGUAGGGAGGGACGAACAUGGCGGACCAGAUCCCUCUGUACCCGGUGCGCAGCGGCGCGGCGUCGGCCGCAGCCAGGCACAAACGCACGGCCUACUACAGCCCGGCGGUUCCCGGGUCGGGGCCCGACCGGCGCGGAAGGUACCAGCUGGAGGAUGAGUCUGCCCAUUUGGAUGAAAUGCCAUUGAUGAUGUCUGAAGAAGGUUUUGAGAAUGAUGAAAGUGAUUACCACACAUUACCACGAGCUAGGAUAACACGAAGGAAAAGAGGACUGGAGUGGUUUGUCUGUGGUGGAUGGAAGUACUUCUGUACCAGUUGCUGUGACUGGUUGCUAAAUAUUUGUCAAAGAAAGAAAGAACUGAAAGCACGCACAGUGUGGCUUGGAUGUCCUGAGAAGUGUGAAGAGAAACAUCCCAGGAAUUCAAUAAAAAAUCAGAAAUACAACAUAUUUACUUUUAUACCUGGGGUUUUAUAUGAACAAUUCAAGUUUUUCCUGAAUCUCUAUUUUCUGGUAGUAUCCUGCUCACAGUUUGUACCUGCAUUGAAAAUAGGCUACCUCUACACCUACUGGGCUCCUCUGGGAUUUGUUUUGGCAGUUACUAUCACACGUGAAGCGAUUGAUGAAUUUCGGCGUUUUCAGCGAGAUAAAGAAGUGAAUUCACAACUAUAUAGCAAGCUUACUGUAAGAGGUAAAGUGCAAGUUAAGAGUUCAGACAUACAAGUUGGAGACCUCAUCAUAGUGGAAAAGAAUCAGAGAAUUCCAUCAGACAUGGUGUUUCUCAGAACUUCAGAGAAAGCAGGUUCAUGCUUUAUUCGAACAGACCAGCUUGAUGGUGAGACUGACUGGAAGUUAAAGGUGGCAGUGAGCUGCACGCAGCGGCUACCAGCUCUAGGGGACCUUUUUUCCAUCAGUGCUUAUGUUUAUGCUCAGAAGCCACAAUUGGAUAUUCAUAGUUUUGAAGGAACAUUUACCAGGGAAGACAGUGACCCUCCUGUUCACGAAAGCCUCAGCAUAGAAAACACAUUGUGGGCAAGCACCAUUGUCGCAUCAGGUACUGUAAUAGGUGUUGUCAUUUAUACUGGAAAAGAAACUCGAAGUGUAAUGAACACAUCCAAUCCAAAAAAUAAGGUUGGUUUGUUGGACCUUGAGCUCAAUCAGCUUACGAAAGCUCUAUUUCUGGCUUUAGUUGUCCUUUCUGUUGUUAUGGUCACCUUACAGGGAUUUGCAGGUCCGUGGUACCGCAAUCUUUUCCGAUUCCUUCUUCUGUUUUCCUACAUCAUUCCCAUAAGUUUGCGUGUAAACUUGGACAUGGGCAAAGCAGCAUAUGGAUGGAUGAUCAUGAAAGAUGAGAAUAUUCCUGGUACAGUUGUUCGGACCAGCACCAUACCAGAGGAACUGGGGCGCCUGGUAUACUUACUGACAGACAAAACAGGAACUCUUACCCAAAAUGAGAUGAUAUUUAAGCGGCUUCAUCUGGGCACUGUUUCCUAUGGAACUGACACAAUGGAUGAGAUCCAGACCCACCUCCUGAAUUCUUACUCACAGAUGCAUCCUCAAGCAAGUGGAAACAACUCCAGUUCAACACCACCAAGAAGAGCCCAAUCUUUAGCCCCCAAAGUUAGGAAAAGCGUCAGCAGUCGGAUCCAUGAAGCAGUGAAAGCCAUUGCUCUUUGUCACAAUGUGACCCCUGUGUACGAGGCUCGGGCUCUCAUCAGUGGUGAAACUGAGUUUGCUGAAGUGGACCAAGACUUCAGUGACGAGAACCGUACCUACCAGGCAUCCAGCCCUGAUGAGGUCGCACUGGUACAGUGGACAGAGAGCGUCGGGCUCACUCUGGUCAGCAGAGAUCUCACCUCCAUGCAGCUGAAGACGCCUGGUGGCCAAGUUCUGACCUAUUGCAUCCUGCAGAUGUUCCCCUUCACAUCAGAGAGCAAGCGAAUGGGCAUCAUUGUCAGGGAUGAGUCUACGGCAGAAAUCACAUUUUAUAUGAAAGGUGCUGAUGUUGCUAUGUCUACCAUUGUCCAGUACAAUGAUUGGCUGGAAGAAGAGUGUGGAAACAUGGCACGUGAAGGGCUGCGGACUCUUGUGGUGGCAAAGAGGGCACUGACAGAAGAACAGUACCAGGACUUCGAGAACCGAUACAGUCAAGCCAAGCUGAGUAUCCAUGACCGGACCCUGAAGGUGGCCGCAGUGGUUGAGAGCUUGGAGAGGGAGAUGGAGCUGCUUUGCCUCACUGGGGUAGAGGACCAGCUGCAGGCCGAUGUGAGGCCCACACUGGAGAUGCUGCGCAACGCUGGGAUCAAGAUAUGGAUGCUAACAGGUGAUAAACUUGAGACAGCUACUUGCAUUGCCAAAAGUUCACAUUUGGUAUCUAGGACACAAGACAUUCAUAUUUUCAGACCAGUAACAAGUCGGGGAGAGGCCCAUUUGGAGCUGAAUGCAUUCAGAAGAAAGCAUGAUUGUGCGCUGGUCAUAUCUGGAGACUCCUUGGAGGUCUGUCUGAAGUACUACGAACAUGAGCUUGUGGAGCUGGCGUGCCAGUGCCCUGCAGUGGUGUGCUGCCGCUGCUCACCCACCCAGAAGGCCCACAUUGUGACGCUGCUACGACAACACACUGGGAAGCGCACCUGUGCAAUUGGUGAUGGAGGAAAUGAUGUGAGCAUGAUUCAGGCAGCAGACUGUGGGAUUGGGAUUGAAGGAAAGGAGGGGAAGCAAGCCUCACUGGCAGCGGACUUUUCCAUCACACAGUUCAGACACAUUGGCAGGCUGCUCAUGGUGCACGGGCGGAACAGCUAUAAGAGGUCUGCAGCUCUCGGCCAAUUUGUCAUGCACCGGGGUCUCAUUAUCUCCACAAUGCAGGCUGUGUUUUCUUCGGUCUUCUAUUUUGCAUCUGUCCCCCUGUACCAGGGAUUCCUCAUGGUGGGGUAUGCAACUAUCUACACCAUGUUUCCAGUGUUCUCUUUAGUGUUGGACCAAGACGUGAAGCCAGAAAUGGCGAUUCUGUACCCGGAGCUGUACAAGGACCUCACCAAGGGAAGAUCCUUAUCCUUCAAGACCUUCUUCAUCUGGGUUCUAAUCAGCAUUUAUCAAGGAGGCAUUCUCAUGUAUGGAGCCCUGGUGCUCUUUGAGUCAGAGUUCGUCCACGUCGUGGCCAUCUCCUUCACUGCACUGGUCCUGACUGAGCUGCUCAUGGUGGCACUGACCAUCAGGACAUGGCACUGGCUGAUGGUCAUGGCGGAGUUCCUCAGUCUAGGCUGCUAUGUGACCUCACUCGCUUUUCUAAAUGAAUAUUUUGGUAUAGGCAGAGUAUCUUUUGGAGCUUUCUUAGAUAUUGCCUUCAUCACAACCGUGACCUUCUUGUGGAAAGUGUCAGCGAUCACUGUGGUCAGCUGCCUCCCACUCUACGUCCUCAAGUAUUUGAAGCGCAAGCUUUCUCCUCCCAGCUACUCCAAGCUGACCUCCUGAGGGCCAGCAUCUGCUGCAGGACUGGACCAGUCCCUCUGGCAUCUCCAGGGAACACAGCAUCUGUACCUUGUUCCUGAGGCAGGACUCGAGCCUGGGUGGAGACCCUCCUGCACUAGACACCAUGGAAGACAGGGUGCUCUAUCAGGGGUAGGGAGCUGCCCACAUCCAGGCUUUUCUCUCCAGUGUCCAGGCUGAGGCAGUGUGAGCUACCACCAAAACAGGGUUGAAUUCCUUCACUUCUGCUGUGAGGGUUUUACUUUCUGAGAAUUGAAAGUUUAAUUUCUGCAGUUCCAGCAUCUAAAUUCUUUCUUUGACAAUGUCAUAUCAAAAGCAUUCAUACUUGAACAAUAAAGUCUAGACACUGGAGCUGCCUCAUCUGCACACACCACUGCCCAUCUUCUGCACACACCACUGCUGCUCUCUUCUUUAGAUGCCCAUCUUGCUUUCCUGCGGACACUCACCUAGAGUGUGCUCCUUACAUACGCAGGCCCAGGUGACCAAAUGGUAACAUUUCUGGACAUAAUUCCAUUGCACCUACAAAUAUAAAUCAUUCCUCAAAGGCAUUGCUGUUAGGGAAUGUGUUUUUUUAAAUUCCCAUCCUUUUAUAUUUGUAUAAAUCACACCCCCAAAUAAUUUCUGUAUGUAGAAAUCAGUUGCCUGUGAAACACAUCACUAAAGAUGUAUCGCUUGCUAUGUUCA